CUCAAUCUCACAACAUCUACAACAAACCCAACUUUACUUCUUCACCCAUGGAUACUCAGGCCAAACCCCCCGCCGGACGCUACGUGAUCUACAAUCGCGUCCUCAGUCCUAACGGCGAGAAGCUUGCGCUCACCUAUCCCGGGUAUCAAAGGGAGGCAUUGACCCUCACGCCUCUUCACCACGGCGCCAACCAAAUCUGGAUCCUGAAUGAUUGGGACGCCACUAAAUCCAGCCUCACCCCCGAGACCGCGAGGAACACCCAAGUCGGUUGGGGUUCGGGUAACGUCCCCAUCGUCCUUCCUCCUGGGAACUACGUUUGGACCUUGGCCUCUAGCGCUGGCGGCUAUAUCAUCCAAGACGGCGGUAAGACUGUCUACUGGAACGCUGGUGAAGCCGUCGCGAACACCAAGGUUUCUAUUGGAGGAGACAAUGGCCUUCAAGCGCGCUGGAUCUUUGAGAGGGUCUGAUGGACGUAAACCUUUUCACAACUCGAUCCAUUGAACGGUCGAGUCGGGGAGGUCGCUGAAGUAACAUCCUCAUCCCUGUAUAGUAUGGUACGCGCUCGUUUGAGGACUAAGGAAUCGAGAUAUCUACUGUUGAUCU